AUGGCAGACAAACUCCGCACCCAACAACAACUCGAAGCUCUCCAAAAUAAAUACAUCGGCACCGGGCACGCCGAUACCACAAAGCACGAAUGGACGUCCAACAUCGCCCGUGAUAGCUACGCUAGCUUCCAGGGCCAUCCGCCACUGUUGCAUUACAUGAGUAUUGGCAUGGGUCAAGGAGUGGAGAGGACGAGGGUGCAUUGCAUGGAGAGUAUGGUCUUGCCUUGUGGGCCCGCACCUGCUACUGAGGAGGGUUGA